GCGGGGGAAAAAAUUGGUCGCCGGCGGCAGAGAAAUGGAUCCCCGUCGAGAGGGAAGCAAGCGGAGCCAUUGCCGGCCACGGUGCCUUUUCAUGGCGGGGAGAGGUACUAUUCGUAAGAAGUCGGAAUUUCCCGAAUGAAGCCUCUGGUCUUCGCUAACCACGCGGAAACCAAAUCCAUUAUUAUAUAUGUGCAGUUGGUGAUGGAGAAGCUUGACUUUGUGAAGAUACGAGUUUACUUCUCCCCUGUCUUAUUCGAUUGAUGACGGAAGAAGAGGAUGACUUCCUCUCGCGCUAAUUUUUAUCCAUUUUAAUCUUUGAAUUGGGCUCUGCUGCUCACCUUGAAAGUUCUACCCUGCCAUCCAUGGCUGCUUCGUCUUCUUCUGCUGCUGCUAAUUCUGUCGCUGAUUCUCGUGGUCAGAUGAAAUACGAUGUGUUCCUUAGUUUCAGAGGCAAGGACACUCGUCAUAAUUUCACGAGCCAUCUCUUCGAUGCCCUGUGCCGCAAGAAGAUCAAGUGCUUCAUCGAUGACAAUCUGCAAAGAGGAGAGGAAAUUACUCCUUCGCUGUUGAAGGCAAUCGAAGAGUCGAGAAUUUCAGUUGUGAUUUUCUCCAAGAACUACGCUGCUUCUCCCUGGUGUGUGGAUGAGCUGGUGAAAAUUCUUGAUUGCAGGGAGAGGUAUGGGCAGGUUGUUCUGCCUGUUUUCUAUCACGUGGAUCCAUCUGAUGUGGAGCAGCAGAUUGGGAGCUUCGCAGAUGCAAUUUCUGUGCUUGAGCUGAAUUUCAAGGUCAAAAUGGAUAAGGUGCCAAGCUGGAGAAGUGAGCUUACUAAAGCAGCUAAUGUAUCUGGAUGGGACUCUCAAGUCAUCAGGCCUGAAUCCAGACUAGUGAAUGAAAUUGUUGAGGAUAUUUUGAAGAAACUGACCCGUGCACCGCGUGGUUACUCGAACGGUUUGGUGGGAAUCGAGUCAAGAGUCGGACGAAUUAAAGCGAUGUUGCAUAUGCAGUCUUCAGAUGUUCGUUUUCUGGGUAUAUGGGGCAUGGGUGGUGUAGGAAAGACCACUAUUGCUGAAGCUGUUUUCAGUGAUAUCUUUGCUCAAUAUGAAGGUUGCUGCUUCCUUGCAAAUAUUCGGGAAGAAUCAAAGCGGCAUGGACUUGUUCACUUGAAAGGACAACUAUUGUCAGAGAUAUUGGUGGAUCAAAAUAAGCAUUCCUCCACCAUGAUCACUAUAGGAUCUACCUUCACCGUGGAUAGGAUCAGGCGUAAAAGGGUUUUGCUUGUUCUUGAUGAUGUGAAUGAUGUGUCUCAAGUGGAAUUUCUUAUUGGGUCCACUGACCUGUUUGGUCCUGGAAGUAGAGUCAUUUUAACAUCUAGAGAUAAGCAAGUGCUUAAGAGCUGGGUGGGUGAGAUGUAUGAGGUUGAAAGAUUAGAUCAAGAUGAAGCCCUUCUUCUUUUCUGCUACAGAGCUUUUAAGGGGAACUGUCCCAAAGAAGAUUUUGUGGAGCAAUCAAGUAGGGUGGUUACUUAUUCACAAGGAAACCCAUUAGUCAUUAAAGUUUUAGGCUCCUUCUUUUUGGACAGAACACAGAGAUUUUGGGAAAGUGCGCUGGCUCAACUCCAAAGAACUAUUCGGCCUGAAAUUUAUGAUGUAUUGAUGAUUAGUUUUGAUGCAUUAGCUGAUGAAGAGAAGAGCAUAUUUCUUGAUGUUGCUUGUUUCUUUAACGGGCAAAAGAUUGAUUUUGUGAAAGGAAUACUAGAUGGCUGUGGUUUUGGGACAGACACUGGGAUUUGUGUGCUCACUGAUAAGUGCCUCAUUACUGUUUCAGAAAACAGGAUAUGGAUACAUGAUUUAUUGCAAGAAAUGGCUCAUGAAGUUGUCCGCCAGGAGUCUGUCAAAGAUCUAGGUAAGCGAAGUAGAUUAUGGAGGCCCAAUGAUGUCUAUCGAGUUUUGACAAGAAAUCAGGGAACUGAGCAGGUUGAAGGAAUCUUCUUAGACGUUUCUGAAAUCAGUCACAUGGAGUUGAGUUGUCAAGCAUUUUCAAGGAUGCAUAAUCUACGGUUACUGAAAAUUAUAAUCAUGGGGCCAGGGAUGGAUCAUAUAAGCACUUUUCCAUUUAACUUCCGUGCUGAAAACCUUGUUCACAUUAACUUGGCUUACAGCAACAUUAAGCAACUGUGGGGAGGAGUGCAGGCUUUGGUGAAUUUGAAAGAGGUUGACCUAAGUGAUUGUAAGAAUCUAAAUGCCAUCCCAGACAUGUCUCAAGCAUUAAAUCUUGAGAUAAUGAAUUUGGCUAACUGUACAAGUAUGGUGGAACUUCCAUCGUCAGUUCAGCAUCUUGUCAAGCUUACUGAUCUUGAUCUAAGAGGUUGCUCAAGCCUUACGGGUCUCCCAGAGUGCCUAAAUGUCAAAUCUCUCAAGACCCUUAACCUUUCUAGCUGUUCAAACCUUCAGAAGUGCCCAGAAAUCAUGGGGUGUGUAGCCUAUCUAAAUUUGAACGAUACGGAAAUAGAAGAACUUCCCCAAUCAAUUGCUUACCUCAGUAGACUUGCUGCUUUGAAUCUAAAGGACUGUAAACGACUACACAGCCUUCCAAGCAACCUGUUUCUGUUGGAAUCUCUUGCAAUUGCUGAUUUCUCUGGCUGCUCAAGUAUCAUGUCAUUGCCAUCGAUUGCAAAGAGUAUAAAGUACUUGUACUUGAGUGGAACAGCAAUAGUAAUACUUCCUUGCUGGAUCGGUAAUCUUUCUAAUCUCUCUUCUUUAGAUUUGACAAACUGCAAAAGGAUUAAGAAUCUUCCCGAUACACUUUCUGAGGCAAACUCUCUUGAAAAGCUGAUUCUACGGGGUUGCUCAAGUAUCAGACAAUUCCCCAAAAUUUCAAGGAAGAUAAAGGAGUUGUAUUUGGAUGAAACAGGAAUAGAAGAAAUACCGUCAUCUGUUGAGCACCUUUCUCAACUUGUUGAAUUGCAUUUACAGAACUGCAAAAGUUUCCGUGUACUCCCAAGCCAUAUAUGUAAGUUGAAAUCUCUUCAGAAGCUAAAUCUUUCGGGUUGCUCCAAAUUUGAGAAGUUCCCAGCUAUCAGGGAGCCUAUGAAAUCUUUUAGAUACCUUUAUCUAGAUGGAACUGCGAUACGCAACUUUCCUGUGGUAAAUGACUUGGAGAACCUGGAGAACCUCUCUAUGAUGGAACUAGGAAACUGCAGAAAACUAAGCCUGCGACACUUACUAUAUUUUGUAAAUAUUGCUGGCUGGUGGAAUGCUACUUCAAAGUCCUUGUUUAGGCUCUCUCUAAAUGAUUGCAAUAUAUCAAUGGUGCCUGACGGUCUCUGUGCCUUGACCUCACUGGAAGUAUUGGAUCUAAGUGGAAAUAUGUUUGAUCGCCUACCUUUUGGCAUGAAAGGACUCUCUCAGCUGCAACAACUCAGUGUAAAGAACUGCAGAAGGCUUGUCACGUUACCGGAACUCCCAACCAUGCUGUCAAAGUUGGAAGCAGAUAACUGCCAAUCAUUGGCUAGAGUAUCCAUAUACUCUGCAGAUCACAUGAACUCCUUUGAUUUCUCUUUCACUAAUUGCUUCAGUUUGGACAAGAUUGCAUGCAAGAACAUCUUGGCAUAUGCUCUGCUCAAGAUUCAGCAUUAUAGCGAAGGUCUACGUAAUCAGAUGUCUUUUCUACCAGCUGUGGAAUCGACCUUCUGCUGUCCUGGGGGUAAAGUUCCUGAGUGGUUUACCCAUCAUAGUUCCGGACAUUCGCUAGUUAUGCAGCUGCCUUCAAAUUGGACAAGCGACGGAUUCGCUGGCUUAACUAUCUGUGCUGUUCUGGCAUUCGAGGAACAUUUCUAUGAAUCUGGUGUUCAACUCAAAUGUACAUUUCAUUUCAGCACCCAAGGACAGGAUUCCCAAGCUCUCCAUCACUGCUACUUUUGUGGCAGUGCUUAUGGUGGAAAAUUUCUCCUGUCGAAUCAUCUUCUAUUCUGGCUACGAUCCCAGCAUCAUCGAAGCGGCUUCCCAGAAUCAUUUGCUUGGAAAAUGCAACCAGGUGGAUAUUCUGUUCUACCCAGAAGACCCGAAUGGAAAUCCUUUGCCCGGUUACGAUGUCAUUGCUUUUGGGGCAAGUCUCAGUAUUCAUGUAAAGCUUCACACUUGUUGAUUCCAUGACCUCAAGUACGUUCACUAGAUUACAGUCAUAGAUCCUGAUAUGAUCUGUGAAAAAUUCUCAUAAAAUCUAACUAUUAAC